AUGAGCUGGAAUCACCAUAUUAGCCUGGUUGCCAAGAAGGCAAACUCCACCCGUGCCUUCUUGCAACGCAACGUGAGCUCCUGUCCAAGAAACAUCAAGGUGCUAUGCUACAUCGGGUAUUAUGAAAAGCCUGGAAAGACUGUUUUCAUCAUUGUCACCAUCAUCAUCACCAUCAUCAUUGGCAUCAUCACAUUCAUCAUCAACACCUCCAUGGUCAUCAUCAACACCUGCAUCACAACCAUUGCUGGAAUAUAUUAUAGGUCCGCUAGUAAUCCUAACCUGGUACUUACCUUGGCUGAUCUGGUGACAGGUAGUAACUAUGGAGUACAAGGAAGUUGGUUAUUCGAAGUCUCAGAAACAAUUCGUGAGAUAGGAAAAGUUCUAUGUGAACCGACCAACCCUUGUCUCAAUGAAGGAACAUGUGAGAACGAUACAUGCGUUUGCGCCGAGGGUUUCAGCGGAAACUUCUGUCAUUUAGAUGGAUGUGAUAACCGUUGUCUCAAUGGAGAGAGCUGUGAGCAAGGCAAUUGCACAUGUCCAGCAGGAUUCGGUGGCGAUUUUUGUCAAGAUAAACUGACAUUUGUUGAGUGUGGAAGUACUUCAAUGACCGUCAACAUAGAUGAACGGCUAGUCCCAGGUGAAGCAUCUGCUGUUCAUUUUAAAGACCGAUCCUGCUCCGGUGUAAAGAACGAUAGCACUAAUGAGAUCACUCUCACUACAGAAUACAAUCAAUGUGGCACCAUCAUUGAGGAGGAUAACACAACAAUUACCUUCGUCAAUGUUAUCACUUACGCCAAGCCUGGUUCGGACGACGAUACUGUAAUUACCCGUGAAUACCACAUGCAGGUUAAGGUUGCAUGUUGCCUCGAGAAAGAGGAAAUCAUCAGUGGGUCCUUCAGACCACAGCUUGGUGAGGUGUCCUUCAGCGACAAGGGCUCUGGUGACUUUAGUCUGAGCCUGCAAAGAUUCCUGACAAAUGCUUUUGUUGAGCUGAAUUCGGACGCCACCACUGUCUUGCAAGGAGAUGACCUCUACUUUGCUGUGACUCUUGAGUCAGUAUCAGGUCUAAUUGGUAUGUUUAUUGAUCGCUGCUGGGCGACAACCACUCAAGACAUGGAUUCUGCUGGUCAACACUCUCUAAUUGCUCAAGGGUUAGUAGAACUAUUCAUGAGCCUCGUGAAAUAA